CAGCCUGAUCCCGCGAGCACCUGUUUCGGCGUGCAGAAUGGCACAGGUGGUAUGGCUUCGUCUCUUCACAUCAAAACCAAAACAAGCAGGUCACACUGGGUUGUUCAGCUGAGAUCAACGUUCGAAAAGAGAAGAAAAAUGUACUUGCUCCUGACUGAGUUCCUGGGAUGUUGCUAGUGUGCUACCUCAUUUUCGUGUGGGUGGCAUGGUUGGCAGCCCAAGUCUCUAGUAUCUGCGAUGGUAACAAAACGGUUACUUCAUCAGAUAAACGCGUAGCAACUGUUGCCAAAGCCAUCAAAGACAGCUACCUACGUCUUUCCUAUCCUUCACACCAGUACUCAAACAGGGCCAGUCACGACACAGGCCGAGCACCCAAAAUAGAUAUUAUAAUAGCGCUAGACAGUGGCGUUUCUCCGAAAACGUUUGAAGAUGAACGCCAGCUAUGUGCGGGGCUGUUAGAGGGCUUUAGCCUCGCUCCCAAUACAGGCCGGGCAACGGUAGUCUCAUGCUCAUCCAACUGGUCGCAUAUUAAUUUUGGAUUUGACAAGUUCGUAAAUAAAGAAGCUGUCAUAGGCUUUCUGCCAACGCUAAGAUACCUGGGCACAGGGAGCAGUCUAACUCGGUGUCUGCAAUCCAUCUACUAUCAAAUAUUUGUUAAAUCGGAUGUCAUACGUAAAAAGGCGAAAAAGGUGAUGUUUAUAAUCACAGCAGGUCCCCCUGAAGGGGACACAGACGUAGCCAAUAUUGCGCUAUUGAGAAAAAAGUUUGGUGCGAAAGGUGUAGAGAUAUUCGGCCUCGGCAUAGAGCCAGACAGCCCCGCUUACCCGGAAGUCUCCAAGGUCGUCAGUUCGCCUGUCGCUGACCACGCCUUUCGCCUUCACUCCAGCCAUGAAAUGAAGUCUCUUUAUCGCAAACUACGCGGCAGAGGUGCAUAUUCCUGGACAUGCGCAAAAAGAAAGGUCAGUGUCACGCACGAUGAGUGUAAGCGUCGAUGUCAAUGUCACGCAGGCCGCGUGACAAACUGCACUCGGGUACGUAAGGACUUCAUAUGGAUGCCGCUGGGCGACCGCAGACGCUUCAUCGCAGCCUUUAAAAAACUAACCAAAGAUAAACGCUACAAGAAGGAGUAUGAUACCAUCGUACGAGUUCACAGAGAGCAUAGGACCAUGAUUCACAGCGCGAGAUACUUUUUGCCCUGGCAUCGCCAAUUUUUACUAAAUUUAGAAAAUCAAAUGAGGAAAAUAGACUGUCGAUUGACUAUUCCAUACUGGGACUGGACAUUGACUUCUAACAAUCCAUGGAACGACGGUGAGUUUGGUUUAUGGAGUCCACAGGAUUAUGGUAUUGGAGGUAAUGGCCGCGGUCUACACAUGCACGUACUUGACGGUCCGUUCAGAGAAGGAAGCUGGACAUUUGGAAAGGGUGGUAAGGUUUUAACGCGUAAUUUUUCCGGUGUAUUACCAAAUAAGGUCACAGUGCAAAGGGCGCUCCAGUUACCACACAAACGCUUUACAGACUUUGAAAAACAAUUACGGAUUUUUCACCAUUUUGUAAGAUGUGCCAUUGGUGGAACAGCAUGUUCUCUGGAUAGCGCACGAAGUCCUGAAUUUCUAUUGAUAACCGCAUACAUCGACAAGCUAUGGGGGGACUGGCAGGCUCGAAAGGCAGACCAUUGGCCUGUUGGAUUCCCUGUGGUGUCAGAUUUGUUGCCUGGUUACAAAACGUACACAGGGGAAGUGCUUGAGCUUAGAAGCCUUCCAGGAGUUGUGAAGGUGGCGUAUGAACGAUCGGACAGAAAGCCAUAGCCUAGAGACAAUAGCUAGCAAUCUGGAAAACGAUAAGAGGGUAACAAACACAUAGCUAGAGUGCGGAGCUAGGAUGGAUGACUGCGUAACUUUCAUGAAAAAGUGAAUAUCUUGCAUGAAAAUAUGCAGCUUGCAAGAAAGCGACCAGGCAAAUGCAAAGUGGAAGGAGAGUGUGACA